AUGUUUUUCACUGAUACGACACAAUUCUUCCUCUCUGCAAGUGCCUAUCUCACUCGCUAUCCAUCAGAAAAUAACUUGCAACUUGGCAUUUCAAAAUCCAUGAUGGAUUCUCCGAGCAGAUAUCCUCUUCAUGAGAGAUUGCUCAUGAUUGUGAAGGAUAGUAAUACUAAUAUUCAAAUGGUUGCAAUUUGGACCCCACCACACUUUAUGACUCUGAGUUUUCAAAUCAUUACUGAACAAAGUACAGAGUUGAGACAUGCUAUUUUGAAGGGACUCACUAACAUUCUAUUUACACAAGAUUUUACAUCUCUUAGAAUUGAAAAUUCUAGUAAAGAUUUGUCUUUUGAUGAUCUUGAGGGAAUUAUUAGAAAACUUGGAAGAAAGUUGACAGGAGUUUUAUCUGAUGAGGAAGAAUGCUUGGUAUUAUGUAAGGAAUAUGUGAAUUUAUUCAAAGAUUCAAGCAAAGCUCCAACAUACCAAGUCACCGAUAGAAUGAUUUCAUAUGCACUCUCACGAGACAAUUUAGUACUUCCAAAAACAGAGACAGAAUAUGAAGUCAAAAUUUUGGACACUUCCAAUAGUGAACUAGUUAAGAUUUACACUGGAAUGAUCCAAAAAUUCUGGAAAUAUUGUUUUCCAAACAGAGAUCAACUCAGUGAAGAAUUCAUUUUGGAAAAUAUUCUCAUGAAACCUUCACAAUCAGAGUACAGUUUUUACAUUACUCGCAAAGGAGACUCAAAAGUUUUGGCCACCACUAUUGCAACACCAAUUCCAAAAGCUUGCAGAUAUUCCUACGUUUGGACUGAGGAAGAAUAUAGAGGAAAAGGUAUUGCUUCCUUCAUGAUUCAAUCCAUUUCCAAACAUUUAUUCGAAAAGAAGGAUUCUUUGAGUGGAGAAUUAAUGUUUGAUAAGAUUUUCCUCUUUGCUGAUGCCACAAAUCCAACUUCAAAUGGCGUCUAUGUGAGAAGUGGAUUCAAACCAGAAAGAGAAUUGGCAGAGUGUGCUUUGAACUAUCAUGAAUAA